ACAUAUGUACUACAUUAUAAAUGGCGGCUCUAGUCAUCACUGCUGUCGUUUUGUGUGUGAACUGUGAAAGUUAUUUCAAAUAUCAGUAAAAGUGUACUACUUUGAGUGGUAAAAUAAGUUGAAAUGUAAAUUAAAGCUUUUAAUACAACGUGUAGCGUAUUUUAUUGUUACUCAAUAUUUUAAAGGACGAGAAUAAGCACACACAAUGUCUAGCGAUGAAGAUAAACCACCUGCGCCACCAGUGCGCUUAACCAGCAAUCGAGCCACGGACAGGGGUGAUUCUGUAGCUUCUGUUGAUAUGAGGCCUUUGCCAAAAGAACCUGAUGACAGUGGUGAUAGAAAAAAGAAAACAUUAAAAGCUAAGAUAAAAGGUUCUAAAAGUACAGCACACAAUGAUAACAAACCAAAUAUUAGUUACCCAACUAAUUUUGAACAUACUGUCCAUGUUGGUUUUGAUGCAGUCACAGGAGAAUUCACAGGUAUGCCUGAGGCUUGGGCGAGGUUACUGAUGGCCUCAAACAUCAGCAAGCAAGAGCAGAAGAGUAACCCGCAAGCAGUUCUCGACGUACUUAAAUGGUACGAUGCCUCCGCAACGCAGCCGCCGCCAUCUAAAUAUAUGACCUCGGCACAAAUGCAUACAACACAUUCAGGUUCCUCUGUGUCUAGAGUGUCAUCAAGUAGUCCAUCUUCUUCAACGCCAACAGAUACGGAACAUCCAGAACCGCCGCCACCACCUCCUUCGCGACCCGACCGCACUAAGAGCAUUUAUACCAAGCCAAUCGAGGAAGAGGAAGCGCCGCCCCCGCGGCCCGCGCCCGCCCCCGCCUCGCCGCCUCACGUGCCGCAUCCAGCUCUCACGACACAAUCCAUCUGCAGCCGAGGAGAAACCGGCUCAGCACUGGACCGUAACAAGAACCCAGCGGGUGCACAAACGCCGCCUGCGCAUGUGCCGCUCCCCGCACUGCCUGCGCACGCACAACCUGCGCCGCCGCCGGCCAACGGCACUCCAGCUACCGACACUGGAAGGGCCACAGGACAACAGCAAAGAAAAAAGAAAAUGACAGAUGAAGAAAUUUUAGAAAAAUUAAGGACAAUUGUCAGUGUUGGUGAUCCUAAUAGAAAAUACACUAAAAUGGAAAAAAUUGGACAAGGUGCGUCAGGUACGGUUUACACGGCGAUUGAAACAUCGACGGGUAUGGAAGUCGCAAUUAAACAAAUGAACCUUAGCCAACAGCCUAAGAAGGAGCUUAUAAUAAACGAAAUACUCGUAAUGCGGGAGAACAAACACAAUAAUGUUGUCAACUAUCUCGACAGUUAUUUGGUUAACGAGGAGCUGUGGGUAGUGAUGGAGUAUCUAGCUGGUGGGUCUCUUACUGACGUGGUCACGGAGACGUGUAUGGACGAGGGCCAGAUCGCGGCGGUAUGUCGCGAGGUGUUGCAGGCUCUGCACUUUUUGCAUACGAACCACGUCAUACAUCGAGAUAUCAAAUCGGAUAAUAUAUUGCUAGGUCUUGAUGGACAGGUUAAAUUAACUGACUUCGGCUUUUGUGCACAAAUAUCUCCUGAGCAAAAUAAGAGAACAACGAUGGUCGGCACGCCAUAUUGGAUGGCGCCUGAAGUUGUAACAAGAAAACAAUAUGGCCCAAAGGUAGAUGUGUGGUCACUGGGAAUAAUGGCAAUCGAAAUGAUCGAAGGCGAGCCUCCGUAUCUUAACGAGAACCCGUUACGCGCUCUUUACUUAAUCGCAACAAAUGGCAAACCUGACAUUAAAGAUAAGGAGAAGCUGAGUACAGUCUUCCAAGACUUCCUCGAUCAAUGCCUCGAAGUUGAUGUAGAAAGGCGAGCCACGGCUCUCGACUUGCUAAAGCACCCUUUCUUGAAAAUGGCUCGGCCGUUGGCGUCGCUUACGCCGCUGAUCAUGGCGGCGAAAGAGGCGGCGAAGGGCCAUUAGCGCAGGCCCGCGGCGCCCGCCGCGCUCGCGCCCCCCUAGCGCCUCUCGCGCCCCGCGCCCCCGCGCCCCCGGCGCACACAGUGCCUACCGCUACUCUACCGCAUCAUUGUUCUAUCGUCAUCAUCGAAUCGGUGUAAUCUAUGGUUACUAGUGACUAUGUUGACGUUCAUCGACAAAAUUUUAGGUCUACGCGUAGAGCGAUAUUUAAAUAUGUUAAUAAAAUGGCUGCAAUCGAGUACGAAGAGUGAUCAUAUUUUUACAAACUGAAGAUUGUUCGAGACAGCAGUCCAGUAGCCGUAGUGAUUCGUAGGUAUCGUGUAGAAGCGUUAUUUAUUGUAAGUAGAGAUGUUAUCGCGUAUUGCCGUGUUCCUCUCGACCGUGUAACGAAAAGUUCGGAUAGUAUUAUGUAGAUAUAGCAUAUAGACACAAAUUGUUAAAAAGUUACGAUAAAAUCUGCGAAUGAAGACUGGCAGUUAACUCUUAGACGUAAACUAAUAAUCGUAGAAUAUCGUAGAGGUAAUACCGUUAUGGAAGGCCGAUUUUACUGUGAUGGUAGUGAUUGACGCGAUCGAGUGGAACACGUGAACAGAGUUAGUGCUCUGCGACACCUGCAGUGCGCCCGUCGAUAACUGCGAUAGAAUGAGAGUGCUUAAGAGAAAUUGUAUUAGAACUAAGACAAUGUGUAUUUUCUUAUACUGUUGGUUUUAGAAACAAAAUUCUGAUUUCAUAUUAUAUUGUUUGCUAAAAUAGCACGCAUUUUAUUAAGAUUUUGGAAUGAGUGAUAUUUCUAUUUAAUACUUAUUUCGUAUUAUUUUGACUGAAUUUUAUUCGAUAGCGGAAUGACUUGUAAUGCUUUUGACGGUUGGUACUAGCUAGCUAGUUUUAUCUAUAUAUUAUAUUUCAAUCUCUAAUACCGAAUAUUUAUUUAUUGUAAUUCGCUUUAAUUUUUAGAGAUUAUAAUUUUUACGAUUUAUGAUUGAUUCAAUAAUUGCAAUAUUUUAAAUAUUUUUUACAUAAACAUUAUUCAUGGAAAUUGACAAUUCAAUGUUAUUAAAGGUCUUAAGUCAUUUAAAAGGUAACUUUUACCUUAUUUUGUGGAAAGUAUCAUUGUUAGUCAUGGAAGUGAAGCAUUUACCUAGUAUUAAGUUUAUAUAGUUUAUUAUACUGAUUAUAUUCAAAAUAAAAAAAUUGGUUUAUCUAUUGUGGCACAAAUGUUUGUAAUAUAAAGAUUAAUGAAAAACAAAUGGUUCAUAAUAACAAUAUAGAUUUAAACAAGAUAUUCACCUUAAUUAAUGAAUAAGACAAUAGUAGACGUUAGUUAGUAAUCAAAGAAACAAUUUAAUCUUUCUAAACUAUGAAAAGACGAUAUAAUAUUUUUAAUUAUCAUUAAAUGACUCUCUGCUUUUAUAUAUAGGUUGUGCCGCAAGAUGCUGUUAAAUUUCUCUUUUAUAUAUAAUUAUUUGCUACUUCAUUACUUUAAAAAUGGGAGCGAAUGGAGGACGAAUGAGAAUGAAUGGUGACACGUCAAAUAGUGUUUCGUUCAUAACGAGCUUGUCAAGCUUCGUCAACUGUAAAUUGUUUAAGAUAAAUUUAGACAUGAGUAGUAUACUCUUGACAAUAUCAAUGACCAAUUACAUUAUGUAGACUCCUGCGUUGGUUCCAGGUUGGUGCAUAAAAUAUAUUGUAUUGAUUUUUUUCAAUCCCAUUACUUACUUACAAAUAUUAAAAACUCCUCAUU